AUGCGCAGAUUCCCGGCAGGUUGCACGAGUUUAUUUUCAGGUUUGCUCUUGGAGAGUAGUGGUGAAGGUGUAAAACUAACCGCGGUCGGUCUUUGUGCCGAUAUAAAAAUGUACUUCUUGGAUAUUUUGAGUUAAAACGUGAGUAGAAGCAUCUCUGGAUCAUAAACGUUAGGAUUGUGGCGGUGACGUGUGAAAUGUUGCUGCGUGGUUUAUCAGUAUUUCCAGGCGGCGACAGACUUGCCAAGCCAGGCUAGUUGAGCUAACUAGCUAGCUGGUAGCCGAGCAGCCCAGAAAACAACGCUCACCUCUUUGCUGGCUUGGCACAGCGUGGUGUGGUGGGGUGUCGACGCGGUAUUUAUUUACAGUUCUAGUUUUUCGCAAGCGAUAAUAUCUACAGACUAACAGGUACUACUCCAAAGUAACACUUCAGUCCAGAGACGGGGUGGUGGAACCUAGCACAUAUUAGCUAUUUUGUGCGCUUUACGCUGCUGUGUGAGAGCCGGUGACCACUUUUAAGUAACAUCCAUCUUUCGACGUCCUACUUGUUCGUUUUAAAACAGACUGUUAAAAUCGGUGCUGAAAUGCGGCGCUGAUGCAUUCUUUAUGUUAGCUAGGAGCAUACUUUAUAGCACAGCGGUCACAUUGUUUUGGCUGACAUGGCAGCUAGCGGAUACUCUGACCUGAGGGAAAAGCUGAAGUCCAUGACUCCGCACAGAGACGACUGUAAGAAUAAAUAUGUGGACAGAACGAGUAACGGCAGCGCGAAAGGAAGAAAACGAAAGUAUCGAGAGUCCGAUGACGAUGAGUAUGGGCACAGUGAUGACAGCGCUGAGCUCAGGGAACAGGAGGCCCGUCAGGUGAAGAGCAGCAUCCAGCAGAGGAGCAUCUUCACUCCGGAGGAGUGCGCCCGCAUCGAGGAAAAGAUAGACGAGGUGGUUGCCAAAGGAGAGGCAGGACAUUACCGUGAACACACCGUGGACAGGGCACCCCUCCGCAAUAAGUACUUCUUUGGGGAGGGUUAUACAUAUGGAGCCCAACUGGAGAAGCGAGGGCCCGGUCAGGAGCGCCUGUAUCGCAAAGGAGAGGUGGACGAGAUCCCUAGCUGGGUGCAUGAGUUGGUGAUCAAGCGGCUGGUGUCCAACGGAGUGAUCCCGGAAGGGUUUGUCAACAGUGCAGUCAUCAAUGAUUAUCAACCAGGUGGUUGCAUAGUGUCGCAUGUAGAUCCCCUGCACAUCUUUGCAAGGCCCAUUGUCUCAGUGUCCUUCUUCAGUGACAGCGCACUCUGCUUUGGCUGCCGCUUCCAGUUCAAACCAAUCCGGGUGUCAGAGCCUGUGUUUGUCCUGCCGGUGAAGAGAGGGAGCGUCACAGUACUCAGUGGCUAUGCUGCAGAUGACAUUACUCAUUGUAUUAGGCCCCAGGAUAUCAAAGAACGGCGUGCAGUGAUCAUCCUCAGAAAGACCAGACCUGAUGCACCUCGACUGGACUCCGAAAGACCUUUAAGAUCAUCUCCCACAGGGAGGCCAGCUCCGUUGAAGGCCAAGCGCUCUCAUCGCAAAGCAGAUCCCGAUGCUGCUCACAGGCCGAGGGUUCUAGAGAUGGACAAAGAGGAGAACAGGCAUCCUUCGUUCUCCCAUCAUCGUCAUCACAGCAUUACUUCAGAGAACUACUGGAGGCGUGAUCAAGACAACAAACACCGGGAGAGUUCAGGGCGCAAAAUCAAAAUGAGACGCCACUGAGUAUUUUUUUUUUUUUUUUUUUUUUUUUUUUUUUUUUCCCCCUUGUAGGUUUAUAAAAAUGAAUAUCUCUGCUAUUUUGUACCCAUCACUAUUAUUUAGUAGAUCAUUCAUCAUUUUGUUAGUCCAGAAAAGACUGGCACAAGGAGCACAGUCAUAUUUGUUUUGAUUUGGGUCUGAAUCAUACUCUAUGUAUAUUUGUUUCUGGCAGAUAACACUGGUGUCUCUGCUGCAUUUUCCAUAACCUCAUGUUACUCACUACAGUAAAAGGCUCUAUUGUUACGUUACUCAGUUGCAUUGAAUUAAACUUGUAUUUUUCCUUUGUUCAUAGUUAAUUCUGAAUGGCAUGUAUUAUUUUGUACACAAGAUGUACAGACCUUAAAGAGCUAAAAAGGAAGAUGUAUGUAUGAAGUUGUACAAAGCUAAACCUGAGCUAUAAUCUAACUUGUCAUAAUGUACAAUAUGUUUGUAUAGUCUUUUAUUGGGGGGGGGGGGGGGGGUGCUUUCAUGAAGAAUAAUCCUGUAUUUAUUUUUUUCCCUCGCUGCACUUAAGUACUUAAAUUUAGGAUCCAUACCUUUGCCGUGCCCUGUCAGGUCUUCACUCUUUGUUAAUUUUAACCUACAUAUUGCAGUUUAAGUUGAAGUAGCUGGCACGUGUGCAGCCUUGUUUUCUGUUGCGAUUUGACCCAUCUUAAAGGAGUUUAGAGUAUAAACUACACUGAUGCUCUAAGGAGUGAGGACUAACUCAGGUCUUCUUUUACACUCUGUCAGUCUAAAGAUGCUCUACUUUAUUGAGUUGGUCAUGUCAUUGUAUUAAAUCCAAUUUUCCUCA